CGGACUGGGUGAGGGCCGUUGUCUCCCUCGACGACGAUCGCCUAGCUCCGACCUGUUUGCGAUUGCUUCGCUCGAGGAAGAAUAGCGAUUCUCUGACGAAACCGAAGCUCGAUCCGUUCUUGAUCAUCCGAUCGUUCUUGGCGGGCAAAUUGCAUCAACAAAAUGUUACAGUGGAUGGGAGGCUCACGGAGGAAGGUGAAUACUUCCAGGAAGUCAAUGCAUAAUAAGCAAAAACAUUACUUUGAACAAAGGAAACGUCAACAGCAAACAACUGGACUGGAUAAUCAUAUUCAUGACAGUAGUAAGCGAGCACACUAUCCUGAGGAACCUCGAUCACUUGAUAUACUAAGCUUUCUAAACUUGGCAACAGUUGCUCAACAAGGUUACUCAAGUCACAAUUCUUGUUUUCAACAAGAGAUUUUGUUACCAGAUAAGUGUUCUGCAGCCAUCACUGAAAAUGCUUCAGCAACUCAAAGCCUUAGCAACAAAGUGGAAGGCUAUAAGACAUCGGCAUCUUCCUGUAAAUUUAGUCCCAUUUCUACUCAUUUGAAAUCAGAGGAAAAACAAGAGGAUAUCCAGGAUGAGGUCUCAGUCCUUGAUCUACUCAAUGAUGACAACAAAAAAAUUGACUGCAGAGGAAGAGUAGUUCCCGAAAGUCAUGUUGCCUUUUCAGUGGGAGGUCUUGGUAAUGUUGGGAUGGAAACUCCUGCUCACUCACCAAGAACACAAAUAAGGAGUUUCGUUUCACCUCUAAGGAUGUCAAAGCAAGUACAAAAUUCGGCAAAUCUUAGGUCCAUGUCUUAUGAUCUUGGGAUAGAACUGAGUGCAGCUAUGUGUGAUACUGAGAAGCCAAUACAUGGGCAUUCUGCUGGAGUAGCUUGCAAACAAAAGGGUACUUUUGAAAAGGAGAAUAGGACAAGUAUGAAGUUUAUUGACUCAUGUAUCUACUCAGAUGUGCUUGAUGAUCUAUCUGAUUGCUUUGGUAGUGGCAAUGAAAAUUUUCAAGAAUGUCGAAAUGAACUAUGGGAAUUUAGUAAUGGCAUGCUGGAUGAUGAUUUCGUCAGUAUAAGGGAGUAUGAGACAGUAAGGCAGAAUAAAUCAUUCUAUUCAGAGAGUCAUGCUUCCAUCUUGUCAAAUGCUAAAUUUUCUGACGCAUAUGAGUGUGGCCUUGGAGAUUUCUUCUUAGACAGAAGCAGAUCUGAGGCAAAACAACAGAAGAGAUGCAGCAAUUCAGCAAAAAGUGGCUCUUUAUUCAAUCUUUCGGCAGUAGGAAAAGACUUCAGCCUUGUAUCUCCUCACAAGGAUAGAAGUCUGUUUGAUCUACCGUCUUGGUCUUUCUCACAAAAAGAAGACUUGCUGGACAUCAUAAGUUCAUCAAGCGAGGAGUCCUGCUCAUCUACUGCAGUGGGGAAAGGUAAGAGUUAUGACAUACUAUCACACUUAACACAAUUGAAAGAAAGCAAGAAAAUCCAUUCAGAUGAUCUGGAUAUAAGCUUAGUGAAUCUGAAAGGACGCAAGAAAAACCACAUGGAUGAGCUGGAUAUGAACAUAGAUGUAUCAUCUCCAGUUCAGAGAAUUCCAGAUCCUGACUGCAUUUUUCCCUUCAAGGAGGACUUUCCUUCAGUACUGAGUCCCAGGACAGACUUCACACGGGGAAGAUCUAAAUCAAACAUACCUGUUGACCAUGAAAGUUUUUAUGACUUCAACUUUGAGAACAAUAUAUCAGGAGAGCUAUCAGGUUUUGCCUUUCGGCCCCAGAAGCCUCACGCACAUACCCAGAUGUCAGAAGGUUGUUUACCAUAUUCAUUUUCUGCUGGGGACAGUCAACAUGACACUCAAUUGUCUGAUUCAGUGAGGCAAAGGAAUGCUAGCAAGACCAGUGGAGAAUCAGAAGGAAUUUCAAUAAAUCUAGAAAACAAGAUCCUUAGUGAAAAAUCUUUGUAUUCACUAAGCGAAAGAGAGAAUAACAACGAGGCACCAAGUGAACGUCUAGAACUGAACAAGAGGAAAGCAUCAUCCUGCAGCUCCAAGGCCUAUGAUCCUCCUGAAGAAGCUGAGGUUCCAUGGAAAACCAAGGAAGUUUCUGAACUUCAGACUUACAUUAAUGACAAAGUUUCUCUGGAUCCUUCAGAUAUCAGAAACAAAGAGUCUCUUAAAGAUAAUUUGGGAUCCGAAGUGACAUUGUUGGAAGCAUUCCAGGUGAGGUCUCUGAUAUGUCUUACCAAGUUCUGCUAGAAAGAUAUGUUCUUCAACUUCUCUGUGUACAAAAAGUGCUUAUUGAAGCAUGACAAAGUAAUACUGGGAUGCAGUGAAGAAUAAUUUUCAUUCCCCAGAUCAAGUAAACUGACCCCUGUAUGAUAGGAUUGGAUAUAACCGGAAAAAAAUGUACUUUUCUGUAAUUGAGGGCAAGGAUCUCUCUGAACGACAAGGAGCGGAGACAGCAUUGAAGUUUAAUAGUUUUACAUCCAAAUCUCAAACAAUGUCUCUGGGAAUUGAACAAUUAGGCCUUGCUAAUCCCUCUAUAGACCAUUUAUCAAUCAUCAAUCUUGUUGAAUUCA